AUGAACCACCUCCUCAUCAACGUGAGGAAGACCAAGGAGAUGAACCACCUCCUCAUCAACGUGAGGAAGACCAAGGAGAUGAACCACCUCCUCAUCAACGUGAGGAAGACCAAGGAGAUGAACCACCUCCUCAUCAACGCGGGGAAGACCAAGGAGAUGAACCACCUCCUCAUCAACGUGAGGAAGACCAAGGAGAUGAACCACCUCCUCAUCAACGCGGGGAAGACCAAGGAGAUGAACCACCUCCUCAUCAACGUGGGAAGGACCAAGGAGAUGAACCACCUCCUCAUCAACGCGGGGAAGACCAAGGAGAUGAACCACCUCCUCAUCAACGGCUGGGACCUGGACUGCAUCACCGGAGCAAAAACCCAGGGGGAGGGCUGCCGCUUCGAGCUGGAGCCCAUGAACGAGCUUCUGAUCGGCCACAACGUCAGUCUGAGCUCUGUGGUGCGGAGUGCAGAGAAGGACGCUAGCAUCUGGUACGCUCAGGAUGCAAUGGGAGCCAUUUGGAAACUGGAUCUGUCUUUCACACACACAACCCCAGACCCAGAGUGUGUGCUGCAGUUUCACUGUGGAGCGAUCCAAGGCCUGGACGUGUCCUGCUACAGCCUGAUGGCCUCCACUGCUCUGGACCGUUCAGUGAAAGUCUUUGAUUUUCUGAGCAACAAGGAGCUGACGUCUUUCCACUUUAACACGAGAGGGACCACCCUGUGCUGGGCCCCCCCACAGGUGGAGCAGGGCAGAGGGCUCCUGGUGGUGGGCUUUGAUGAUGGAGUGGUGCGUCUCCUGGAUGUCUAUGACCCCCAGCGGCUGCAUGCAGUACCUGCAGUACUGGGACAGAGCCACAAGGGAGCGGCAGAGCUGCGGCUUCGACAGGCUCUGAAGGCCCACAGUCAGAGAGUGACCUGUGUGGCCUUCAGCUGUGAGGGAGACCUCCUGACCACUGCAUGUGCGAGUGAGUGUCUGUGUGAGUGA